UGAUAGAGCUAGAGCAGAUAUGAUAAGAAAGACGGCUUUGCCCCCUCAAGAUCGUUUUCAUCAAAUAGAAGAAGGCAUUCAUCAUGUUUUCAAUCAUAAAAAUGAUGAAAAUCUUAAAGAUUUUGGCAUAGAAGUUGACUCAAAAAUGAUGGUCAUUGAAGGAAGAGUUCUAGAAACUCCAAAAGUGAAGUAUGCAAGAGAUGAAUUCGUACCUCAAAAUGGCCGCUGGAACCUGAUGAACAAAAUUUUUGUUAGAACUAGGACUUUAGUAAACUGGUCUAUUCUUGUGUUGGAUCAACGCGCCAACAAUCAGAUCAAAGGUUUCGUUAGGGAGUUUAAGACUACUCUGAUCGAAAGAGGAAUGGACGUGCAAACGGAUCCUGCAAUCGAAUAUGGAAAUAUACAAGGAGACUUUAGAAAAGAAAUGGGGAUGGCUUAUGCAAAGGCCCGGCUCGACAGGAAUCAACAGGUGCAAAUCAUAAUCAUCAUUAUCCCAAAGAAAUCGUGUGAUAUUUACGGAAAAAUUAAACGAAUUUCCGAUACCGAACUUGGUAUUCCGACACAAUGCAUCCUCUCCGAUAAAUUGAGGAGGCCUAAUAAUAAGGCUUGUUGGAAUAAUAUUGCUCUGAAAGUGAAUGCUAAAUUGGGUGGACGUAACUCAACACUUGUCGAAGGCCAAUUAGAAUAUGUAACCAAUAUAAAAAUUCCUACAAUGAUCAUGGGCGCUGAUAUUUCACACCCUGGCCCUGGUCAAACAAUGCAACCGAGCAUUGCUGCUGUCUGUGCUUCGAUGGAUGUUAAUGGCACAACAUACUGCGGUCAAGUCAGCGUUAACGAAGAAAGACGAAACGAAACAAUAGAAAAGUUAGAUGAAAUGGCCACAGAAUUACUUCAGAUAUUCAGUAACAAAAAUAAUGGUUGUCUACCUCAUAGAAUGAUUUUCUAUCGUGAUGGUGUUAGUGAAGGCCAAUUUUCUGGUGUCGUAAAAAAAGAAGUUAUUGCUAUAAAGAGAGCAUUCGAAAAAUUGUAUGAACAAGGAAAGGCACCUCUGUUGACGUUCAUUGUUGCUCAAAAGAAACAUCACACUAG